GUGCACCUGCUCUCGAGUUUAAGCACACUUCGAAGCUUUUCCUUAACCCGAAAUGACGCCUUCCUGUGUUGCGCUUGAGCAAACGAAAGAAUUCUCGUGAUUGGUCAACGCAUCAUCGGGGGCAUCUCUGAUUGGUCGCUAUGAUUUCCGUUGAAUCAUGAGAUUAGGAGGCGUUGUGUUUUUGUCGCUGGAUGUCUGAAAUGCUUUUGCGUUUUUUGUUCAAACUCCAAUACUUGUACAAGCUUACCAUCCUGUGCUUAAUGAUAUGAGGAGCUGGAGUUUGAUACACAUAUGGCUGUCUAUGAUGAGGAUAUCCUGAAGAACCCUUUUUACUUGGCUCUGGAAAAACAAAGACCGGACCUCUGCAUUCGAGUGGCACAACUUCAUGGCAUUAUUCUGGUACCUUGUCGUGGAAGCUUACCAGUCAUCUCUUUAACGGCACCUCAGUUUGAUGGAUACGUCCUUCAGCCUGCUGAGCAGGGUUACCAGACACUAGACGGAAAGGAAGUAUCUAUAGAAAAUAACCAGGUCCGACUGGGCGCUGGGUUUCCCAGUCCCACAUCCAUCCCCAUCUUGUUUGAGGAGACUUUUUACAAUGAGAAAGAGCAGGCUUACAGUAUACUCUGUGUCUCAAGACCCCUUGACUCGGACCAAAGCCCAGAGGAGGUAAAUUCGGUUACUGCAACGUACUGCCUGAAGAACAUCCAGGAUGUUAGAGAAUUUUUGGGCCGCCAUGCUGAGAAACUGGACAAGUUUGUGGACACCUUCUGUCAGUCCUUUAAAGAACAAGAGAGGAAGGGCAUUCGACAUCACAUAAGCUCUAAUUCUAGGGGAUUUUUCACAAGCGUUGAUGUACAGAACAGGAGUCAUGACUCUGUUAAUACUCUCUAUACAAAAUGUCUUCAGUGGCUAUUGAAGGACUCUCGUCUGAAGCUCCUGGCAAGACAGGAGAUACAGAUGACCCUCCUCAAACAAGCAGUGGAGAUGUACAUCCAUCAUGGCAUCCAUGAUCUGCUCUUUAGUUAUGUUGGGACUCUUGAAGCUAGUCGGGACGCAGCAUUUAACAAAACAACAAGAUCGCUACAUGAUCUGCAGCAGAAAGAACUCGGUGUGACGUCAGAAUUCAGUAUAAAUAUUCCUCGAGCUAAACGAGAGUUGAGUCAGCUGAACGCCUGUACGUCUCCUCAGCAGAAACUAAUGUGCCUCAAGAAGGUUAUUUUAACCAUCAUGAACUCGACCAGACGUCAAAAUGCAGCUGUGAACGUCGAGGCCAUGUGUGCUGAUGAUCUGCUGUUAGCCAUUCUCUACUUGUUAAUCAAAACGGAGAUUCCUAACUGGAUGGCAAAUCUGAGUUAUAUAAAGAAUUUCCGCUUCUGUAACUCCAGUAAGGAUGAUCUAGGUUACUGUCUUACCUCAUUCGAAGCAGCCGUGGAGUACAUCAGCCAGGGUAACCUCAACCAGAGCACACUGGAAGCAGGAAACAGGUUGUCCUUCAAGAAGAUGGACCUCCUCUCUCAGAACGCUGUUACACCUAUAGACCAUCUGUUUGAGCACAUCGUGAGCGGUAAUGAGGCCGAGGUACAGCGGUUGCUGUCUGAGAGUGAGAACGAGGAUGAUGGGAGGCAAAUGUGUCACCCGCUCUGCUCAUGUGACUCUUGUGACCUCCGUACCUCAGGGAGGUUAAACGACCCGUCCAUUGUCACUCCAUUCUCUCGUGAUGACAGAGGUUACACUCCCCUCCACGUCGCUGCUAUUUGUGGUCAGUCUGCGCUGAUCGAUCUUCUGGUCUCAAAGGGAGCCGUGGUAAACAGCACCGAUUAUCACGGCCUCACACCGCUGCACCUCUCCUGUCAAAAGGGUUUUCAGGGAGUCACGCUGCUGCUGUUAGACUAUAAGGCGAACACAGACGCUCAGGACAACAAUGGCAACACUCCACUACACCUGGCCUGCAUGUACGGUCAUGAAGAUUGUGUGAAGGCGCUGGUGUACUUCGACUUGCACGUGUGUCGCUUGAAUGUCCAGAAUGAUAAGGGAGACACCCCGCUCCACAUCGCAGCUCGCUGGGGUUAUGAGAGCAUCAUGGAAGUGCUUCUGGAAAACGGAGCGUCGACCCUCAUCCAUAACAAAGCCAAGGAGACUCCACUGCACUGCGCUCUCAACUCAAAGAUUUUGUCAUUGCUGGAGCGCAGACACAAUGACUCCAGUAAAAUGGAAAGUGGAUUUGAGUCUCUGAGUCGAUCUCCACAGCUGUCUGACUGCAGCAGUAGACGUUCAUCCGUAUCCAGCGUGUCGUCACUGAGUGUAGAAACAGCAAUAGAAACUGACCGCAUCAGACAUAGAGAGAUAGAGAAGUUGUUAAGAGCAGUGGCGGAUGGAGAUGUGCAGAUGGUACACUAUCUUUUAGAAUGGGUGGAUGAGGAGCCGGAUGAAGUUCAGGAGGUUGAGGUUUCAGCGAAAACCAAGCUUUGCCAUCCGCUCUGCCAGUGUCCCAGCUGUGAACCAACACAAAAGAAAACAGCCCGUCUGCAGCCGGAUGGUCUGGGUGUAAACAGCAGCAGUGCCGAUGGCUUCACUCCGCUCCACGUGGCAGCGCUGCACGGGCACACAGCUCUGGUAUCUCUGCUCAUCCGUCAUGGUGCCAACAUCAACGCUUGCAACAACCAGAGGUCCACACCACUGCACCUGGCGUGUCAGAACAGCCACAUACAGGUGGUGUCUGCCCUGCUGGAGUGUAACGCCAAACUGAAUAAGAAAGAUCAUUAUGGGAACACGCCGCUUAUUCACGCCUGUCUAAAGGGAAAUGCAGAGAUUGCCACCAUCUUGCUGGAGAGCGGUGCUUUGGUAAAUCUUGCAAAUAAUCACGGUAACACGGGUCUACAUGAAGCUGUAAGGGGGGGACACGUUCAGCUGGUGGAGCUGCUUUUGCACAGGGGGGCACAGGUGCACAUGCGCAACAAAAGACAGAGAACCGCCCUCGACUGCGCAUACGAGAUGGGUGGAAAGAACACAGAGAUCCAGAGGCUUCUACAGAAAGCCUGUUCUGAUACUGUAGAGUCAAACCUGGUUAAAACCAACUCCAUAGGAUCAGAGGGGAUUGUGGUACACUCGGAAGUGCAAAAAGGUAAAAGUUGUGAGAGUCCUGACAGUGAGGGUCGAGGGAUAAACGCCACCAAACAAAGAACUCAGAAAAGGUCUGACAGAACUAUGAGCACCACAGAUGCAAAAGAUCAGACACCACACGGUCAGAGUGAGAGACGGAGACUGACACGAGGAGAAACCAUAGACAGCAGCGGCCUAUACUGUCAUACGCAGACGCAGCAGGACUCUACAGGCAUGCAGUCGUUACACGCCAAGACCAAGAGCAUGACCCGCUGCCACACCAUCAGCCAGGAUCUGACCCAUCGCUCCCUCCAGACCUCAGAACAAAUCUCCUCUACAGACCAGAUGGAGACAGAGCUUAAUAACGGACCUCAGGAGCCCACCGACUCCCUCAAACCCUCACAUGACCCUGAACGGGUUAAUGAAGGCUCUGCGUCAGGGCGAGGGGAGGAAAAGAAAAACGUCCUCUACAGAGGAACUGAUCUGGAUUCGGCUUUCACAGAAAUGGACAGUGUUGUCUUGUGAGUGGUUAUCUGGUUACAAAAGACUCUUACUGUGUAUUUAAUUUGUAUUUUAGUUGCCUUGGAGGAGUGAUGGGUCAGAUUUACAAUAAAGCAUCUAAACUUUAUUAAUAAUAUCCAGUGUUGGAAUGUUUACGCAUGUGUUUGGUUUCUAAGAUCAAAAUCGUUUUUGUUUUUUUACAGAUUUUAUGGGUCUGAGCAACCACGACUUAAAACAUUUUUUUUUGUGUCUUUUUUCUUCAUGUUAACACACAAGCUUUGUGUGUGUCAAUACUAAUCACACAAUAAAAAAACAACAACACAAGCAAUGAAGUGCAUGUUGAUGUGACCCUUAAAGAUGAAAUGGUUGCCACUUAUUAAUAUAAAGGGAGAUGUUUUUCUAUGUCUAAAGGGACAAAUUAUUUGUAUCCAAGAUUUUUGUAGCGUGUAGAGUUUUAUUUUCACUAUCCGUCUUGUUCGUUACUGUUCUUUUCUGUUAACAGUAUAUUAUGUAGUGUUACAUGCAGUAAUGGUGUUGUUCACAACAAAGAUUGCACAGUCAGUAUUUUAUUACUCACAGAGUUAUUUCUUCAAUGCUUUAAAGUGCAUUUUUUUACUUUUUUGGAUUAAUUUCGAGUUCCUCUCCAAAUCACGGCAAGAAAUAUUCAGUCAAAUCAUACGAGUUUUAUAUCGCUGAAAAUAAAGUUUUGUGUGAUAGGUAAUAUAAAAUGUAUCUGUGGUCCUCCGCUGUAAUGCACUUUAAUCGCAUGCAACAUUUGUUUGCCUACUGUAGUCCAAUUGUUUGUUUAAUUUUAGUUGAGUGUAAGUAAUGGCAUGUUUAAAUGAAUGCUGGUCAUUGUUAAAUGUCUUCACACAAACUUGUACUACAGUACUGAAUGUAAAACAGGACUGGUAUGUCUUUGAAUGUAUGUGUUCAGUUGGACAUGGGAUUGUUGGGAACUGGAGAGCUGUUAUAUUUGUAUAAAUCACUUCCAGUGUUGUUUUGUGACAAUGCAGUAAAUGUGCCUUAUUUUAUUUGAGCAAAAACCUAUAAUAAACCAUUACGAGAAAACCGUUUCUAAAAUAUUCAUCACAUGAAUAAACGAAAAAUACAUUGA